CACGAGCCUUUGCCAUCUACACCUGGGCAGGCCAGCCCAUGGCGACUCCCGGUGAUCUAAAUGAAACUUCCUACCUACUGUCUCCCAACACCUCGGACUGGGACGGGCAAGUGGUCCCUGACUUCACCUAUGGGCAGGAGGAACUGGUGGUGGAGGGGGUUCAGUGGCCACAGGUCCCCAGUGCCCUGGACACACAGCUGCAGUCCCGCUUUGAUGCUGCCCUGUGCGCGGCCUGGGCACAGCGGGUGGAGCUGGGGCUCUUCCGCUAUCGCCUGGGCGAGCUGCGGACGCAGAUCCUGCCGGGCACCGUGGGUCUUGUGGCUCAGCUGAACGUGGAGCGCGGGGUACAGAGGCGGCGACCCCAGGACGUCAGGAGUGUGAGGCAGGCCUUUGACCCCCAGCAGUUCAACUUCAGGAAGAUCCCGAGGGGAGAGGUUCUUUUCCGUCUGCGCCCCGAUCCCCGUGAUCCCCGGGAUGGGGACAGUGACAUCCUGGUGGUGAUCAAUGUGAGUCCCCUGGAGCGUGGACACGUGCUGCUGGUGCCCGAGCCUGCCCUCGGUCUCCCGCAGCGCCUGCUGCCCGGGGCGCUGCGGGCCGGGCUGGAGGCUGUGCUGCUGAGUCUGCACCCCGGCUUCCGCGUGGGCUUCAACAGCCUGGGGGGGCUGGCUUCCGUGAACCACCUCCACCUGCAUGGCUACUACCUGGACCACAGGCUGCCCGUGGAGUGGGCUCCAAGCGUCCCCCUGGAUCCCAAAGGCCGGCUGCACCUGCUCCGGACACUCCCCGCGCCGGGCUUCCUCUUCUACGUGGGCAGGCCAGGGCUGGACGUGGAAGCCGUGGUCAGCAGGGUGUGCCGGGCCACCGACUACCUGAGCGAGCACGAGAUUGCACACAACGUGUUUGUGACGCGCGGGGCUCCACCGGGAGAGGCGGUGCCCUCCUCUGCGCUCUCGGGGCUCCGCGUCAUUCUGUGGGCCCGGAAGCCCAGCUUUGGGGUGAAGGAGGGUGAGGCCUUCAACGUGGCCCUCUGUGAGCUGGCCGGGCACCUCCCUGUCAAAACCUCCCAGGACUUCGGCAGCCUGACGGAGACGGCGGCCGUGGCCCUCAUUCAGGACUGCCUGCUGCCCCCGGCUCAGACGCAGGAGGUGCAGGCUGCGCUGGUGGCCCUGGUGGCGGGGGAGUCACCCUAGCCCUGGGCCGUGGUGAGUGCCCGUCCCUCGGCUGUCGGAAUUC